UCGAUCACAAUGGCGUCGGUGUAUACACUCCCUGUCUUCCUUUAAACUAAGAGAUUAAAAUCGCUUCAUAUCUUUCUUUCUACGAACCAAUUCUUUCUUCUUGUACUAUAUAUCUAUAUGUAAUCUUUCUCUUACAUAUUACUACCUUUGACCUAACCACUGCUAUGAAUCCGGUGUUCAUCUUGUUGUGCUGAUGCGGUAUGGCAACCUGGAACGAUGCACAUAUGUGCCUGGUCCUACGUUGUAGCUGACUGACUGACUGACUGAAUUUAGAGUAAAGACAGAUGGACUUCAUAACAUGCGAGAACAGAUCCACAAAUUAGUCGACGCAAAAUAAAGGUCAGGACGAAUCAUAUCCACGUAAGAAAUCUUAGGCACUAUUGAGAUAGUAGUACGGUUGUGAAAGGUUUAUGAAAUGAUGUUGUGGUAUGGAACCUGCAUAAGACUGGCAUAUGUCGGUCCCUCACAACUCUCUGGUUGAAGUUCUAGAGAUAGAGCAACACAUUGACUUGAGACGUUAUCAGACAGCUCACAAUUGAGGUUAGUGGCGGCUGUAUUGUAUUUUUUUACUUUCAUGAAAGUGGGAGAGACUCUUUCACCCAAAAAUCCCCUUCUAAUUGUAUUUUCCUUAACCGAACUGCUUUUCAUAUUACUUUUCAAGUAAACGGAACAUACCCACAGAGACAAAAUAUUGGUUAAGUGAAGAGUUCACUUUUUAGUGAAUUCAUUUUCAAAGCUGUACAAUCGCAAAUGUAUACUUAUUUUUCAAAGUGAUAAUAAUUACAAUAACAGUGAUAACAAAACUCUUUUAAACAUGGUAACAGUGAAAUAGAAUAAACAAAGGCGUCAAAACGUUAUGUUUUUAUCAAGGAGACUAGUAAAAAUUUUGUUGUUGAGAGCUUGAAUAUUUAUCAUGAAGGUAGAGAGGGAAAUUAUAAUUGGGAAAGGAUGAUUCAUCACGAUAAGAUAAGCUGUUGAAAUUGAGAUGAACUGUAAUCAAGAGGAUCAUAGAAACAGAGACAACUAAGUCGAGGGUAAAAAGUCUAUAGAGGAGAUGGGAGAGCAGAUAGUUGUAAAGAAAUUUAGGAGAAAAAUUACGAGUGAUUAAGACCAUGGUAGAAGAGGUUGGACACAUAAUUCUGGUUUUUCAGAUGUAUAUCUGGUGCUUCGGUAAUGCUAAGAAGAUGGGAUAUAACUGCUUUUGGCAGAAUCCGCUUUAAUUGAGUGACCUGUGUUCACAAGGUAUUCAAUUAUUGAACUUAUUCAGCCAUUUCCACCUCUUUACAACCAAGCCAGAUAAUGUUCUCAGAUUAUUUUGACCAAAAUAUGCGUCGAGCAACCUAUAUGCUUGGCUGUAUAUGAAAAGGUAAAUUGAUAAGCACAUAUAGAGAUAAUUUAUCCUUAAGACUAUUGGUGAACAUUGAUCGUCUGGAGAACAUUAUUCGCAAAGUCGCUGAGGAGGAUUUUGUUUCUGGGAAAUCAAAAAUUCUUCUUUUCAAGACGUCUGUAAUUAUAUCACCUUUGAAAACGUUGUUCAUAUAAAAUAUUUUAUUUUCUACAUAAGUUAUUUGCGCCCUAGGUUGUUUGGGUUUUACAUUCUUGUCAAUAAAUACCAAUGGAUAUACAUUUUUGACAAGUAUUUUCUUAAAGAUGCUCAGUUUAUUAUCUAGGACCUCAAAACUACAAAUUCUUCGUAUUUAUGUAGCGAGGGAUGUGAUUAAGUUUUUCUUCCGGCUAAUGGAGAUCCAGUUGUGAAAAUUUGAUAUCUGGCCAUUCCACAAGGGUUUCUUACAGACGGAUCUUCCUACGGUUCCGCCGUGUUUUAUGGUUAUUUUGACAUCAAGAAAGUCGAUACCUCACUUGUUUUCAACUCCACUUAUGGAACUGAAUGAUGGAUGAUAGUUAUUAAAUGUCCUUAGAAGAUUAGAAUUACAUUUAUUGUCAUACGUGAUAAAUACAUUAUCCAUUCAUGAUGGAUAUUCAAGCCCACAACAACAAAAUUAUUUUGAAAAGAGCAAAAUAUUUGUUCUUGCUCCCUUCAAAACAGUAAAGGGAAAUAUGUGUAUGAAGCAAAACUAUUAUCAUUCACCUUGAUAAAAAAAUAACGUUUUAAUUCUUUUGUUUAUUCUGCUUUACUGUUACCAUGUUUAGUCAGUCAGCUACAACGCAGUACCAGAAACAUAUGCAUCUGUCCGAAUUGCUACACCACAUUAGCAUAACAAAAUGAUUACCAAAUUCAUAAAGUAGUUACUCCAAUGGUAGUAAUAUAUAAAAGAAAGAUUGCAUAUUAGCAUACAAUACAGAACGAAAGAAUUAGUUCGAAGAAAGGUAUAAAGUAUUUUAAUCUCACGGUUUCAGUCAGUCAGCAACAACAACGUAGUACUUCGUACGUACGUACAUCAGUUCCAGUUGCCAUAUUACAUUACCAUACAGAUACAAUUGUCGAUUCAGAUCCCAUUGUGGUAGAGGUAGUCAAAGUAUAAUCAGUAAUCGGAUAUAUUAGGGUUUGAAGAUGUUAUUCAAGAAUUAUGACCCAGUGAAAUAAAUUUGUAAAUAGAAAAAAGAAACGGAUAUGAAGAAUUCAGAUUAGAAUUUGGGAGAACACAAUGAGUGGACGCACCUGCGCCAUUGCAAACGAUUUUGAGCCAUGUCAUUCAAGGUCUCUAAUCAUCGGUUGCUAUCAUCUCGCGGUCCCCAACCACGUAGUCUACACCUACUAACAUGACUCAGUCCACUUGUCAGUGACUUCAUGGAUUUGUGCCAUGUAUUGGUCUGGUCGCCCCUAGCUUUCUUCCAAUCUACUCCUACACCAUAAAACAUCGCACAUCGAGGCAGUCGGUGGUUGGGCACACGUAACACAUGUCCAAGCCAUCUCAACUGAUGAAGUUUCACUACGUCAUCAAUUGAUUUGCCAUCCUUACCUAGUACCCGUUUCCUAACAACUGCAUCACUUACUCCAUGGUCCCACGAUAUACGAGCAAUAUUUCGAAGACACCUAUGAUCAAAUACUAGUAACCUACGAAUAUCCUCUACUCUUACCGGCCAUGUUUCACUCCCAUAAAGUAGGACGGAACGAACUGCUGCGCAGUAAACCCGUCCUUUGCUUGAUAGACGGAUAUCUCGCCUACGCCAUAAAUGACGCAAGUUGGUGAAAGCUAGUCGAGCCUUCUGUAUCCGUGCUGAGAUUUCGUCACACACCAGACCACAAGGGCUAAUGAGACUCCCAAGAUAAGUGAAGCGAUAGACACGCUCAAUUACUUCACUCCCUAUCAUUAGUUCGGGUGUCAAUGCCACCCAAUCCUGAAGCAACAUUUUGCAUUUCGAGGGAGAGAAUCGCAUCCCGAACAUGCUUGCAUUUCUGCUUAGAGUGGUCAGAAGACUCUGCAUUUUGUCAGCGUCUUCACCAAACAAAACUAUGUCAUCAGCAUAUUCUAAGUCAACAAGUGAACCUCCCGGUAGAAGUUCAACCCCUGGAAAUCUAGACGAGGAAAGUGUUAUCUCUAAAAGUACGUCGACGACAAAAUUGAACAAGAAUGCGAUAGAUACUGCUGAGAUCCAGUGUUUCUCCCUAACCUUGUGGUUUACCUUACUAGCAGAUAUCACUGCUAUUUCCACAGCUUUUCGGAUAUCAUUCCAUGCUGCCUCGGGGUGGGCAUCACAUACAUGGCUGCCUAACUGUUUUCCUAGUUGGUCCUGAAAUAUACUCUUAGCUUGACUAUCAUUAAGUAGGCCCCUAAGAGGUUUCCUUGCAGUGUCUUUCCUACGUCCACUAAGACGCAGGCAAAUACGCGCUCGCACUAGAGCAUGAUCUGAAUCUAAGCAUGUGCUCCAGAAUGAGCGACAGUCUUCUAUCGAGCCUCUCCAUCGGUGGCUGAUAGCGAUGUGAUCUAUUUGGGUCCAACGUUGGGACGAAUUAGGAGGUCGCCAUGUUAAA